GACUUAUAACAUAUAAUAUUACACCAAAAUAACAUAUCGUACUUAGAUCCAACAUAUAGUGAAAAUUCACACACACUUAUAUAACAUAAAUAUUCAAAUGUUCAACUUAGAAUUUCAAAGAUUGAGUUAGGCGAAAAGAAAAAUCGGAAAAUAGGCGCAUUUCGCAAACCAAAGAAGAAAAUGACACAAUUUGACCUCCAACCCGGUACCUUGUAGCGGUCGGCCCGGUGGGUGCGUAUGGCCCGUUUUUCUCAUCGAGUUAGGGUCAAAGUGGGACGACCCGCGGGUUGACAACCUCGGUUUUAUGCCUUUUGGGCUUUGUCUUGUUUUCUGCGGGCAUUUGUUCUGUCAUAUGAGUAUCUAGUAUCUACACAUCAACAACCGCAAGUCGCACGACUAGGUAGUAGGGAUGGCAAUGGGGCGGGUUUGUCUAAACCAUCUCAUCCCCAUCUUCAAAUACCCAAACCCAUACCCGCCCCAUAUCCAUGCGGGGAAUGUUUUGCAAACCUAUCUCCAUACCCGUGGGUUUCGGGUACCCAUGGGUAAUACCCGUAUUCAUACAUCCAACAUUAUUAUACCCAAAAUUUACAAGAAAAGUUUUAAUUAUUACUCUAAACGAACCUAUUAUAUCAUGAAGUCAACAAAACACGAUCAUUUUCUUAAUACGGUUCAAAGUAUAUGAUCCUAAAACAUCCAUUAAUGCAUAAUCUUGUAGAGUAUAAUAUUUUCCAAAUUAUUAUCUUCUAACUCUUAUACAUCUACUAAGUAAUAAUUAACUAACAUAAUCUUGUAGACAAGGGGAAAAGUGAAAGAGUGAAAGGAGAAUUGAGGGAAAUGAAUUAGAUUUUGAUUAAAAUGGCCACUCAAUUGCAUUUCUACUGUUUAUUUCCUUGAGUUAUCCUCAUCACCAUUGAUAGAUUACAAUUUAAUCCACAUAUUUUUUUAUCUGUGAAGAAAUUCUCUUGGUGGGGCGGGUAUGGGUAUGGGGCGGGGGAGGUCAAAACCAUACCCGCCCCAUACCCAUCAAACUUUUUGCGGGUUUUAUCCAUACCCGCCCCAUGCCCGGUCAAAGCGGGGAUUCCCCGCGUUGAAAGCGUCGGGGGCGGUCGGAUACCCGCAGCCAUGAGUUUUAUUGCCAUCCCUACUAGGUAGGAAUGGUAGAUUUCAAAGUGAGGUUGUAUUAUACUAUUAUUAGUUUAUUACACUUGGAUAUGGUUAUUAUUGGACCGAGAUAUCGAGCCUACCUCUCAAGAGCCCACUUUGCCUAUGGCAGUAUAGCCCAAGACUCCAACACAUGUUGUUGGUAAUGCUUGUAAGACAAGUAGUAUUUGUCCUCGUUUGAUAAGGAAUCCAUUUUCAUGUGUAACCCAGUUGAGCAGUUGCCUAGGUUAUAUAAGGAGCCAGCAGGUCGCACGGGCAUUGUAACGAAUUGAGAUCUCAAUAAUAUUAAUGAUGGAGAGGCAGUCCUCUCCCGUGGAUUAGUCUCGAUCAAUCAAACGAUCGAUGAUACCACGUAAAACUCGUGUGUUGUCUUUGUUUGUUCUCGAUUUUUCAUGGUAUCAGAGCAUUGAUUAUAAGAAGCUUGCUGUGUGUUUUGGUCCUGAGUUAUCUCCGUCAUGAGUGAUUCAGAAGAGGGCAAGAAGCCCACCAGUUCUGGGGAGACAGUUGAAGAAGGUGUGAAGUCCGAACAACCUCAUGUUGUCAUCCCAAGUGCUCCUAUGUCAGUUUACUACCUGCAUCCUUCAGAUUGUGGAGGGCAGCUCAAUGUCGGUGACCCUCUUACGUCAACCAAUUAUAGUGAAUGGGUAAUUGAUAUGAGGGAUGCACUCAUCGUUAAAAAUAAGUUUGGUUUUGUCGAUGGAACCGUGUCUCGUCCAACGAAAGAUCCGGAGUUGCGUGCUUGGACUCGUUGCGAUGUUGUCGUCAAGGGAUGGCUUCGAAUGGCAAUGGAUAAAGAUGUUUUCCACGAGAGGACAAAACACGUUGAAAUGGAUUGUUACUUCUUUCGAGAGAGGUUUGUUUCGGGUGAUAUUUUGCCUCUCAAUGUUAGUUCUCAUCUGUAGGUUGCUGAUCUUUUCACAAAAGGGUUAGGGGCGGACCGAUUUCGUUUCUUUCUCUCCAAGCUAAACGUUCGUGACCUCCACUGUUCAGCUUGCGGGGCGUAUUGGACCGAGAUAUCGAGACUACCUCUCCAGAGCCCAUUUCUCCUAUGGCAGUAGAGCCCAAGACUCCAACAUGUGUUGUUGGUAAUGCUUGUAAGACAGGUAGUACUUGUCCUCGUUUGAUAAGGAAUCC